GGGUGACAGCCACCGGGGGCGGAAAGAGCCAGCGGUGGCGCACUGCAGACGCGGGAGCCGCGGUGGCCAUGGCGGCCUCGGAAGCCGGACGUCGAAGCUGGUGCUUGCGCAUGGAGAUGCCGUCCGCCACCUUCUUCACGGUGCUGAUCUCGUUCCUGGUGUCCGGGCCCCGCAUGCUCCUGCUCCUGGAGCAGCCGACCCUGCCGCCCUCCGGCCUGGCUCUGCGGUCCGAUUACCUGCACGGCUGGCAAGUUUACAGGCUGGUGACCUACAUCUUUGUCUAUGAGAAUCCAGUUUCCCUGCUCUGUGGUGCUGUCAUCAUCUGGCGCUUUGCUGGCAACUUUGAGAGAACCGUGGGCACCGUCCGCCACUGCUUCUUCACCGUGCUCUUCGCCUUCAUCUCUGCUAUGAUCUACUUGUCAUUUGAGACCAUGUCAUCGCUGUUGAGGUUGGGGGAAUUGGAGCCUGCCAGAGGUUUCACCCCAGUGGCCUUUGCCAUGCUGGGAGUCAGUGUUGUCCACUCCCGGCUGAGGAGGGCCCUGGUAUUCGGCGUGGUUGUACCCUCAAUACUGGUGCCAUGGCUCCUGGUGUGUGCCUCCUGGCUCAUUCCUCAGACCUCUUUUCUCAUUAACGUCUGUGGACUUGCAGUUGGGCUAGCAUAUAGCCUCACAUACUGCUGUCCCGUUGACAUCUCAGAGAGAAAGGCAUUGAAGCUUGACAAGGAGUUCCCUUUCUACCUUAUGAGGAAAAUUACGACAUUCAAAUACAUCUCAAGUUCGUCGGCCGAAAGAAGGGCAGCCCAGAACCGGAAGCUGAACCCUGUGCCCGGCUCCUACCCAACACAAAGAAGCUGCCCUCACAUGUUCCCAGUCCCCCUUGUUGCCCAUUUGCAGCGUGCCAAUGGCCAGAAACUAGCUUCCUGGCCAGCCUGUGCUCGUGGGCACAUACCCAGGCUGCCUCCCUACCAGCCUGCCUCCGGCCUGUGUUACGUGCAGAACCAUUUUGGCACAGCCCCUAACUCCUGUGUCUACCCAGGUUCUGUAGCAGUCUCCUUAGGGGUCCAGCCCCUCAUUCCCCUCAACUGCCCUGCCACUAAAUAUCCCAGGGCCCUGCCCACUCCAGAGCCUACAAAGUCCAAGGAAUGCUCAAGGGUUCUGAUUGCUUGAUGGGAAAUUUUAGGGAAAUUAUCUUACAUCUGAUCUUCUGAAGAAGAUCCUCCUGAACUAAGGUUUUCUUGACAAAAAAAAAAAUAUUUAUUAAGCACCUCUGUGCCAGGCUCUGUGUUGUGAGUACUUUGCUAUAUGUCCUUAUUUCAUUUUUUUAAAUAUAUUUU